AGCAGACGCCCAUUGUUGUGGAACGAAGGCUAUAUCUGCUCCAAGGGAUCACUAAGAUAAUGCAUUCGUUACAGGCAUAUCUUAUCGUUUCGAGCACCGUCCACAUUGACAAGUCACCAUGAAGCGCUUUCCCCUACUUUGGCUGAUCCAUGUGGCCGGAGCACUUUCCGAGCCCUUUCAAGCCCCUUUUCAAGUCCCUCCAAGCAGCACAACCCACAGCACAAUUGCGGCGACCGCCACAGGUGUCAUCAGUGACCCUUCGAAAGUUGCAAAUCAGACAUACGACUAUGUGAUUGCCGGAGGAGGUCUCACGGGUCUCACCAUCGCUGCUAAGCUCCUUGACCACCCGGAUAAGUUCAAUGUUCUCGUGAUUGAGAGCGGAUUCUAUGGAUCUGAAUAUGGUCCCAUCAUCGACGACCUGAACACAUAUGGUCAGAUAUUUGGCAGCAGCGUUGACCAUGCCUAUGAGACUAACCCCCAGAUUCACAAGCGGGUCGAGAUUGUCCGGUCGGGCAAUGGCCUCGGAGGUUCGACUCUUAUCAACGGCGGAACUUGGACUCGUCCACACGAAGACCAGGUCAAUUCCUGGGAAAAUGUCUUUGGAAACCAUGGCUGGAAUUGGAAAGGUCUGAAAAAGUACAUGGACGAGAUCGAAAAGCCUCGAGAUCCAAUGAAGGACUCAACUGUAACCCCAGGCCAUCUUCACUAUUAUGAACCGAGCUGCCAUAACUCUGAUCUUGACAAGGGUAAGGUAGAGGUUGGAGCGCGAGACCGAAAGACCAAAUGGUCGCCACUGAUCAAGGCCCUAAUGCACACAGCCCACGAAACGACAGGUGCACCCUACCAACUAGACCUCUGUUGCGGUCGCCCGCACGGCGUGUCCAUGUUCCUCAACACCCUGACCACAAAGCAGAUUCGCACGGAUGCUGAGCGGUCGUGGCUGGAGCCCGUGCUCAGGAACAAGGACUUAGAAGCCCGAAUUACUGUUCUGACUGGUCAGCUUGUGGGAAGAGUCAAUCUCGAGCAGGAUGGCUCGAAGUACAGAGCAAAGGGAGUCGAAUUCGGCACCCACAGCAAGGACGGCUGGAGGUUCAACGUCACGGCGAACCAGGAAGUUCUCCUUGCUGCUGGAUCAGCUAUCUCCCCUCUCAUUCUGCAAUGGUCUGGCAUUGGCCCUGCCAGUGUACUGGAGCAGCCUAAAGUCAAUAUCUCACAAAAGAUCGACCUCCCUGUUGGCCUCAAUCUGCAAGAUCAAACCACAACCUCCGUCGUCUCCCGAACCACUCCAGACGGCAAUGGGCAGGGCCAAGCAGCGUACUUCGCAACCUUCGCUGAGGUAUUCGGGGAGCAUUCGCAUUAUUUCGAGGCGAUGCUGAACGACAACGACACACUGCACAAAUGGGCCGCCGAUACCGUCGCCGGAGGCGGUUUCCACGACCAGUCUGCUCUCUUCCUCCAAUACGUCAAUUACCAGAAUUGGCUGCUUGGCAAGAACAACGUUUCCUAUGGGGAACUUUUCAUGGAUACCGACAACCAUAUCCACUUUGACCUAUGGAACUUGCUGCCCUUUGCACGGGGCUACGUCAAGAUCCUCGACAACGACCCCUACCUGCGUAGCUUCGAGUAUAACCCCCGCUAUUUCGAAAACGAGCUCGACCUCUACGGACAGGCUGCGAUGUCGAAGCUCGCGCGUAAUCUGACUCGCUCCGGAGAUAUGGGAAGCUACUACGGCGAAGAGACGUUGCCGGGGGCGCUGUUGUCUGAGAACGCGACUUUGGAAGACUGGGCACUCUAUGUGAAGCAGAACUUCCGCGCCAACUAUCACGGUAUUGGUACAUGCAGCAUGAUGAAGAAGGAACUUGGAGGUGUCGUCGAUGAAACUGCUAAGGUUUAUGGAGUCGACAACCUGCGCGUGGUUGAUGGCUCUAUUCCCCCUACCCAGGUGUCCUCGCACGUGAUGACGGUAUUCUAUGGUAUGGCCUCGAAGAUUAGUGAUGAAAUUGUGAAGGCCUAUGAGAAGAAGAAGAAGAAUAAGUAAGCGCAUAGAGCAGUAUUUCGCGGAAUUUGCUAACAUCAGGUUACAGAAAACCACCUCACAGCCAACCGCUGGCGUGGGCUGACUUGAGAUAAAUUCAAACGGCA